ACGCCGUCAUGAUGACCCAUUUUGCCAUGAUACCAGUUUAUGGAAUCCGUGUGGAGGUAAUUGCUCUGUCAAAAUCUUUCACGCGCGCGCAUGCAUCCUUACUACAUGAGUAUCAUAUUGGCCAUUGUCAGCUUUUCUAGCCUGCUUAAAAUUUCCUUCUGCGGAACCUAUCACGCCACGUCCUUUUAUUUCCUUAGACAUGCAAUUUCUCUGCCUCUACUUCAAUGCUGUGUUAAUGCUACCCUUACGUUUCCCUUGACGUUUUUUCUUAGUUUACGUUGCGGAUUCGACGAACGCUUAUAAGUUCUAAUGUCUAUCUCUACCUUUUCACGGCCCUCUUGAGGACCGACGGACGAUGAUUCUACGGAAGCAAGUACAGCCAGCGCGCACAUGCGAAACCGAACCUAUGUUU